AUGGCUGAGCUUGUCAUAUCCGAUACUCUGUCCUCUGCUCUCGCCAGGAAAGCAGGCAAGCGGGCAAGCAGGCAGGGGGGCAAGCGGGCAAGCAGGCAGGAGGGCAAGCGGGCAAGCAGGCAGGGGGGCAAGCGGGCAAGCAGGCAGGAGGGCAAGCGGGCAAGCAGGCAGGAGGACAAGCGGGCAAGCAGGCAGGAGGGCAAGCAGACAGAAGGGCAAGCGGGCAAGCAGGCAGGAGGGCAAGCGGGCAAGCAGGCAGGAGGACAAGCAGGAAAGCGGGCAAGCAGGCAGAGAGGCAGGCAAGUAGAAGGCGGGCAAGCAGGCAAGCAGUGA